UUGUUAAUACCUUGAGAACAAGAAUGGUUAUGAACAGCUUUAUAAUCUACAGUGUUAAACCAUGGAUGAAGCUUCACCACCUCCAAUGGUCUCCUCAGGAUUUCCCCCUGUUGGGGUUCUGCUGGAAUCUUUAAUUAAUGUUUCCAGUGAAGUUGUUUCGGUUGAAAAGCUUCCGUUUUUACAGAGAAGAAACGUGUCGACAAUGGUGAGAAGGGUUAAACUUCUUUCGUCGUUGUUUGAAGAGAUUCAAGAAGCAUCGAGUCCACUCCCGCCAUCUUCGAUCCUCUGCUUGAAUGAGCUUUUGUCGGUGAUUCAAAAGAUUAAGCUUUUGAUUGAGAGUUGCAGAGAUGGGAGCUGUUUGUGGAACCUGAUGCAGACAGAGUCUGUUUCUAAUCAGUUUUAUGCAGCAAUGAAGGAGAUGGGGAAGGCACUCGACAUUUUACCUCUGAGUUUACUGAAUAUAACAGUGGACACCAAAGAGCAAGUUGAUCUUCUUCACAAGCAGGCGAAACGGGGCGAAUUGGUUGUUGAUCCCCGCGAUGUUCAGAGACGAGAUGAGCUUCUUCUCCAUGUGAUGGCGGCUGCCAAUGAGAACAGCAGCAAGAAAAAGGGGUUCGUUGAUCUUGGAAGCGCGAAGGAGAUUCUGAGCAGCAUUGGUUUAAGAAGCUCGUUAGACUAUGAAGGAGAGAUCUCAAAGCUGGAGGCAGAAGCUGAGAAACAGGCAGGCACUGGUGGAUUGCUUGUGGUUGUGAACAUUAACAAUCUCAUCUCACUGCUUUCCUUAGCAAAAGCUGCAGUUGUUGGAGACGAAGAAAGUCUGAAAACUCGCGAGGAUUUGAGGCAGCGUGCAGAGGUGAAUAAUACUCGACCUGAUCUGUCAUCGUCUUCGUAUUCAGCAGUCUGCAACAUCCCUGAUGAAUUCCGUUGCCCAAUCUCGCUUGAUUUGAUGAGAGAUCCUGUGAUUGUGGCAUCGGGGCAUAGUUAUGAUCGGAAUUCGAUUGCACAGUGGAUAAACUCCGGCCACCAUACUUGCCCAAAAAGCGGGCAAAGGCUUAUACAUAUGGCGCUUAUACCCAACUAUUCAUUGAAGAGCCUAAUCCACCAAUGGUGUCAGGAGAACAACAUCCCAAUAACAGAACCUUCAGCAUCUUCAGAUUUGGAAAGAAGCAGUAGCAAGAGGAAAUUGUGUGAAGAUGCCAUUGAUCAUAUCUCUGCAACUAAAGUAGCCAUGGAUGCUGUCAAGAUGACAGCAGAGUUUUUAGUUGGAAAGCUCGCGACAGGUUCUCCAGAUAUCCAGAGGCAGGCAGCAUACGAGCUUCGGUUACUGGCCAAAACAGGGAUGGAUAAUCGCAGGAUCAUAGCUGAGGCGGGAGCUAUUCCAUUUCUGGUGACUCUUCUCAGUUCCCAUGACCCAAGACUCCAGGAAAAUGCAGUCACUGCCCUGCUCAACCUUUCCAUACAUGAGAACAAUAAGAUUCUUAUCAUGUCUGCUGGUGCGAUUGACACCAUAAUUCAUGUUCUGCAAUCGGGGAAAACAAUGGAGGCAAGAGAGAAUGCAGCAGCAGCAAUCUUCAGCCUGUCUAUAAUAGAUGACUACAAGGUCAUCGUUGGUUCUCGUCCCACAGCCAUACCAGCAUUGGUGGGGCUCCUGGGAGAAGGAACCACGGCUGGGAAAAGGGAUGCUGCGACAGCUCUAUUCAACCUCGCACUUUACGAUGUUAACAAGGUGAAUGUUGUGCUAGCCGGGGCAGUACCUUUACUCAUCAAUCUCCUGAUGGACGACAAGGCAGGAAUAACCGAUGACGCUUUGGCAGUUCUUGCCCUUCUUUUAGGUUGCAGUGAAGGGCUGAAAGAAAUUAGAAAGAGCAGGGUCUUCGUACCUCUUCUGGUUGAUCUCUUGAGAUUCGGAUCCAGCAAGGGGAAGGAAAACUCGAUUACUCUGCUGUUGGGGCUCUGUAAAGACGGUGGAGAGGAGGUUGCAGGAAAAUUACUAAUGAACCCGCGAAGCAUUCCUUCUCUGCAACAGUUAGCUGCCAAUGGAUCUCUGAGAGCGCGAAGAAAGGCUGACGCUCUCCUCAGAUUACUGAAUAGGUGCUGCUCUCAAUCUCGCAAUCCUGUAAGAUGACAAAGUACAUAUAUAUAUAUAAACCAUAGAUGAGAGAAUAAAUGGGAAAUAUGUUCACUUACACAACAUUUUACACUUUGUUCCCCAAGCUAACAUCCACAGCAUUCAACUCUUUUCCGGUUUCCUGUAAAACAAAAUACAACUGUAAGAAUGUAAUACGCAACAGCAAUCAUAAAGUUCCAUUUUCCUGCUUCCGCUA